UAUAGCCUACAGCUGGUGGCUACAGAUCCGCCACACUGAGUGGAAGGACUGAGAAAGUGACGAAGGCUUGAUGUAGGGGUUUUCAAGAGGGCUCGAGAAUUGUUUUAUUAUUUUAAAGAGUGGCACACCAAAGAUUUAGAGAAUACACAGCCAAAAUGCUCUGCCACGUUACUCGUCCGGAUUCGGUGGUGAUGGAAGUGGAAGUUGACGCGAAGGCGAACGGUGAAGACUGUCUGAAUAAGGUUUGCAGAAAGUUGGGCAUAAUUGAAGUGGACUACUUUGGGCUGCAGUUCACAGGCAGCAAAGGAGAGAACCUGUGGCUGAAUCUGAGGAACCGCAUCUGCCAGCAGAUGGAUAAUGUGACGCCCUGUCGACUGAGGCUGCGGGUCAAGUUCUUUGUGGAGCCCCAUCUCAUUCUGCAGGAACAGACGAGACAUGUCUUAUUCAUGCAUGUGAAGGAGGACCUCCAUAACGGUCACCUACGCAUGGGCUCAGAACAAGCAGAGGAGCUGAGUGCGCUUCUGGCACAGGCCGAGUUUGGUGACUACAACCAAAACACAGCCCAGUACUGGUACUCAGAGCUGUGUGGAGAGGAGCCCAGCACUGCCACUAUCGACAGUAUCAUAUCCAGACACAAGGCUCUGGAAGGUUCAAGCCAGGCCUCUGUGGAGUAUCAGGCCCUGCAGCUGGUCUCCUCUCUGGAACAUUACGGUGUGGAGUGGCACUGGGUUCGUGAUGCAAAUGGCCAACGGUUAGCGAUAGGAGUUGGCCCUGAGGGUAUCGCCAUUUGCAAGGAGGACUUCAGCUUAGUCAACAGAGUAAGCUACCCAGUCAUCCAGAUUGCCACCCAGUCGGGGAAAAGUGUGUACCUGACAGUUACCAAGGACACAAGUGACAGCGUGGUGCUUUUGUUCAAGCUGAUCAGUAAUCGGGCAGCUAGUGGCCUGUACCGGGCCAUUACAGAGACCCACGCCUUCUACAGGUGUGACACAGUUACUAAUGCAGUGAUGAUGCAGUACAGCAGAGACUUUAAAGGCCACCUAGCUUCACUUUUCCUCAAUGAAAACAUCAACCUGGGCAAGAAGUAUGUUUUUGACAUCCGACGUACCUCCAAGGAAGUGUACGACCACGCCCGCCGUGCCCUCUACAACUCUGGCGUUGUGGACCUGGUGUCCCGCUCUGGCAGUGGCGAGCACUCCUCCCCUUCACGCUCCCCAAGCAGAGACGACCAGCAGGACAAGGGGCUGGACUGUGGCAGCUGCGAGCAGAGCCGAGCCCUUCAGGAGCGGCUGCAGAAGCUCAGAGAGGCUCUGUUGUGCAUGCUGUGCUGCGAAGAGGAGAUAGAUGCUGCGUUCUGCCCCUGCGGACAUAUGGUUUGCUGCCAGACCUGCGCAAAUCAGCUUCAGUUGUGUCCCGUGUGUCGGUCGGAGGUGGAGCACGUGCAGCACAUCUACCUGCCCACCUGCACCAGCCUGCUGAACCUGAAGCUGACCGACAACCACCAACACCGCAGCAUCCCUGCACCCAUCCGCAGAGAAAUGGCUGCUCCUCACAGCUGCUCUGCCACAGAGUACGACCACAAGAUCUACCACACAUAAAGACAACUAAACCCACCAAACUCCAUUUUGAACACUUUGAAGCUGUACCAGCCAGAUUAAGGUUUCAUAAAGAAGGAACAUUCUCGUCCGUCUGUUUCCUGCCUGGACUCCGUGAACUACCAAACUUAUAGAAACUCCUGAGCAUAAUGAAAGAUCAACACAUCUCAAACCACUCCCUCAACUUGUGUGUGUGUUAUUUCCCUUUCAUCCUUUUGGAUUGUCAGUUUGUCUGGUUGGUCCUUAGUAUUGUUGUUGUUGGUUGUGUGUCAUUCUGUCCAAAUGUUGUAUGUUUUAAAGAUUAUCCCCUGCCACGACCUAAUUUUUAGAUUAGGCUCUUAUUCGUCCUUAAAUUAUUGCAUCAGUUGACCUGAUACAGAAUAGAAACAUUUAUUGUUUUUGAACUAUGCUUUAAAUUUGUCUGUUGGUUGUUUUUUCCCAGAACCCGAACCAUAAGAUGAACUUGUGUGUUUUAGAAAAGCUAAACACUGUACAUAAUGGUCUUUUUGAUUAUUUUUAAUGCAUCCUGACAUUUUAAAACUUAUCUGUUUUUGAUUUGAGAACUAAGUUUUAUGGUGUAACUGAGUGAAAUGCAUUUUUUUUUUUUUAAUAUAUUUUAUUUCUCAUUUGUUUUUCAUGUUCCAUGUUUUCCAUGCCAGUUAGGGGGUAUUUAAAGGCUAAGCAGCGCUGCUCUGGGUAUAGCACCGCAUACUAAUAAGACACACCAGGUGCAAAGGCCACCAUGGUCCUGUUCUGGAGAUCUGUGGGUUAAAUGGGGUUCUUGAAAGUUCUUUUAGCCCACCAGAACUGUGACCGUGGCAGUAUCUUGUUGACACACUCACAACCUCCUUCACCUCAAAACGGGUAUGGAUGAUUAACUGCCACUUGUCCAAAACAACAAGCCUAGUUUCAUAGACUGCUGCACCUUUACAUUUUUAUGUCCAUGCCAAUAGAAAGUUAGAAAUUAAUACUAUAUAAAAUGCUCUUCUCCUAGACACAGAACCUCAUGGCUAUAUACAAAAAAUACAAAUUUCCAGCAGCAGUUGCUUCCUCUUAAAACCUCAGCUAUACAUUUCUUCUCUGGGGUGUACUAUUGAGUUCCUUUUUGAUAUUUUUAAAGGGUACUAGAAGAUCUGUCCGUGCAAUACUUGCUUGCUUUUUGAAAAGCUUUUUUUAUUUUCAAGUUUUAUUUAAUUUCAAAGACUAUAUUUAAAACAAAAAAACAAGACAUUGUCACUUUACCAAGGAAGUUUUCUACGUGUCUGUAGGGGGUUUGGCCUUAAUGUAGCAGAAACACCGUGUUUAUUAUAAACUUUUCCACAGACUUUUUUUUUUCUGGUAAGAAAAGGAAAACUUUAUUUCCUUAAUGCUGACUCGAUUAAGCUCAGUCGCUGCAGGGGAAGGACUUUUAUUUUUCACAUUAUACAAGUAGUGAUUUGUUUCUGUUUUCUGAAGCAAAAGCCACUAUGCUCUGUAAAAUAACUCAAUUAAAUCAUUUUUAUAUAUUCUGUUUUUAACAAAAGAGAAAGUAUUAAUAAAGUUGUUUUUAAAAAAAACACUA